UCCUUAUCUCGUUCUUCGGUUAUGUCCAGUCCUGGUGAUUCGUCGAAGUUCGCACGCUAUGUGCUCCCCGACAACAUCGUUAUUAGCGAGUAUUCGGUUCAUCUCAAGCCUAACUUCGAGACCUUCCGUUUCCAAGGGACGUCAAAGAUAUCAAUAACAGUGAAGGAACCGACGAAGACGAUCAAGCUUCAUGCUAAGGAGCUUUCGAUUGAUCCAAACGUUGCCUAUACCCCAUAUGGUGGCUCGUCUAUCACAGCUUCGUCAGUAAGCGUAUCGAAGGCCGCGACGGAAUGCACAUUUGAGUUCUCCGAGGAACUCCAACCCGGCGAGGGGGAGUUGACUGUUGAAUAUGUCGGGACACUCAAUGACCAAAUGGCAGGCUUCUACCGAUCUGGAUACGUUGAUCAGUUUGGUAAGAAGCAAUACAUGUUGAGCACCCAGAUGGAAUCUAUCGAUGCUAGGAGAGCAUUCCCGUGCAUAGAUGAACCCAAUCGCAAGGCCGUGUUCCGAAUCACCAUCACCACUGAUGCCGGCUUACAGGUUCUCUCGAAUAUGCCGGAGGCGUCCCGCACUGUAUUCAACGCUGGCUCGAAUGAGAAGCCUGUGUCCUACCAGACGGUGGAGUUCAUGCCAUCUCCCAAGAUGAGCUCAUACUUGGUGGCCUUUUGCGUCGGACAAUUCGAGUUCCUCCAAGACACCACAGAUAAGGGAACACUGGUACGUGUAUUGUGUACACCCGGGAAGCAGUCGCAGUGUGGAUAUGCCUUGGAGGUUGCCACAAGGGUCCUGACUUGGUAUGAAGGCUUCUUUGGUAUUCCUUAUCCCUUGCCGAAACUUGAUCUUAUAGCUGUUCCCGACUUCGCCAUGGGUGCCAUGGAGAACUGGGGUCUGGUCACAUACAGAGAGAUCGAUCUCUUGUGCGAUCCCGAGAAGCUUUCUACCAAGCGUCGCGCGCGCAUCACUUCCACUGUUACCCACGAGUUGGCGCAUCAGUGGUUCGGCAAUCUUGUGACCAUGGACUGGUGGGACGGCAUCUGGCUCAAUGAGAGCUUCGCGUCCUUCAUGGAGAAUCUCAGCGCUGAUGCUCUGUACCCUGAGCUUGGCAUGUGGAACACGUACAUACACCAGUUCUUCGAGGGUGGCCUUCAGCUAGAUGGACUACGUUCUAGCCAUCCCAUUGUUGUACCUAUUUACCAUGCUGAGGAGGUCGAUCAGGUGUUCGACCAAAUAUCCUAUGAGAAGGGAUCUGCAGUUGUAAGGCAGCUGUGGGCUGUCCUCGGAGCUGAGAAGUUCCAGGAGGGCGUCCGUCGAUACAUGCAUGCUCACGAGUAUGGCAAUUCUGUAACGGAGGACUUAUGGGACGCUUUGGAGAAGGUAUCGGGCCAACCCGUGAAGGAGAUGAUGGAUUCAUGGACCGACCAGAUGGGUUACCCUGUAUUGGAGGUCGGCCCUCGUGACUCCAAUGGUAACUGUAGAGUCGCACAAAGUUGGUUCCUAUCUGAUGGCUCGGUGAAGGAAGGGGAUGAGGAGAAGAAGUGGGUGGUGCCGAUCCUCGUUGGUGAUGAUAAGACGCCAUCGGGGGAGAUGGGCAGACUCACUAUGAUGCGUGAGAAGUCUGAGACCAUAAAUGUCGGUAACGGCAAAUGGGCCCUCCUCAACUACGGUGCGUGGGUGCCCUAUAGGGUCCAUUAUACUUCUGCUGAGGAAUAUGCUAAGAUUCUAUCCGGGGUCACUGACAUGAGCAUCCCAGUCCCGAACAGAGUCAACCUCUUGGGCGAUAUUUUCGCCCUCACCAAAGCCGGACGAGUUAGUCCUGAAGAUGCUCCUCGAGUCUUGAAGGCGUACAGGAACGAAGUCGAUGCCGACGUUUGGGAUGCUCUUUCCAACCUCAUCGGUGGUCUGUCCACCAUCUGUACCGGGCUGGGCCGGACUGCUGAGUUGGACAAGUUGGUGUCGGGUAUGAUAACUCCUCUGUUAGAGAAGGUGGGAUGGGAAAGGAAGGCCGGUGAGACCCCAAAGGACCGUCAACUUCGGACUUGUUUGGCCGGCCUGGCCUCCCAGCACUGCUCGUCCGAUGCGUCCCUCGCCGCUAAAUGCGCUGAGAUGACCCGUGGCUUCCUCGAGGACGCCGACUCUCUCGCUGAGGACGUCAGGGUGCCGGUCUUCCGACUGGCCUUGGCCGGCAGCGAGUCGUCCGUUGGGGAGGAGUUGUGGAAGGAGCUCAUCAAAACGGCAGAGAAAUAUGAGACCCCCCAAGGGUGUAGGAUGGACAUCUAUCUCAGCCUCGGGUAUAUCGCCAGCCCGGCCCUCAAGAAGCGCACUCUGGACAUGUGCCUUACCAACUUCAUCAAGCCACAGGACUUCUUCUACCCCAUGGGGAGUGUUCGUAUAUCCACCCAAGAUGCUGCUGAAAUGACUUGGAAGUGGCUGUUGGACAACAUCAAGGCUUGUCAAGCCCGUGUCGCCACCGCCAGCUCCUCUCUGCUAGCUGGUGUGAUACUCAACUGCACUAGGCGCGGCUUCACGUAUGAGAUGGCGGACAGUGUCGAGAAGUUCGCCAAAGACAAUGAGCUCACUUCGAUCUCUCGGACCAUCUCCCAAAUCGCCGAGAAUAUCCGCUCGAAUGCCAGCAUGGUAGAAAGAGCUAAGAAGAGCGCUAUAGCUUCUGCAGAAUUCUGGACAGAUCUGUGA